AUGUCACCUAUACCACCAACAUCAUCCUCCAACACCCCUCCCACAUCCUCACAUGACCCUCAUUCUCACCGACAGCCAGAACAAACUCGAUCAAAUAGCUCGAUCCCCCGCCACCCUCUACUCCCUCCUCUCGGACCUCAAGCCGAUACUUUAUUGGCAUUCGAAGUCAACCCCGCCGCCGAUAUCCUGGCCUCACAACGGCAAAACAGAGUCCCAGUGGUUCCUGAGAAAUGUCUAACCUUCUGUAGUCAAAGGGCCGAUGGACCUGCCAUGUGUAGAAUGUUUUGUUUACGACGUCGACAUUUAGCUUCUACUCAGAAAGAAGAGUUGGAGAGAUUACGACCGAAAAUUGUACAUCGUACUUCUUCUUCAUCCAUACCGAUUACAACACCACUUUUAAAUUUGGAGACUAAUAAGAGAGAAGAGAUGGGUGAGAUGAAAUCGACAGAUUGGUGGAAUACACUGAGAAAUCCUUUCGAGGCGUUGAGGAGAAAGGUGGAACCAUAUUCAUUUAUUUACCUUAGAGGAACAUUCGAAGGAGUAGUGGGAAGGUAUAUGGAGGAAAUGGAACAUGAUGAUGGUGAACAUGAUUUUGGAACGAUAUCAAGAGGUAUGAGACCUAAAAGGGGAGAAGAGGUGAAGAUGGAGAUUUUGGAUUGGGGUGAACAUGGGUGA